AUGCCCCCCGAGCCCCCCAUUCCUAACAAUGCCUCCACCGCCGCUGCUCUCGCGGCCUCACGGAGCAAGCGCGUCUCCACGGCCUGCGACUUUUGUCGCAAGCGCAAGAAAAAGUGCGACUUCCGCUACCCAAACUGCUCCGCCUGCAGCCGCGCUGGUGUUCGCUGCACCAUUCCUCCUCCCGGCCCGCAGGUAGCCAACUCCUCCGUCCCCCGAGACCAACUUGAGAACCUCCAGAAGCGCGUCAAAUGGCUCGAAGAAAUCGUCCGCCGGAAGACCGGCAUCACCGUCACCGACAUGGCUACCGGCACGCCGGUCGACGGUGAAGGAGAUCCAGACUGGUGGUACCAGGUGCCGUCGAUCAUUGCGACCGGUAGUCGUUCCGCGGCGACUUCGAUGCCUAGCCCCGCUGGAAGUGGAGGCUCGUCCGUGACCGCUGCUGGGACGUCCGAGGCUUCGCCCGGUGUUGGGGCUGAGUUGCCAAAUGUUGGAGAGAUUUUUCGCGAUCAGCUCGAGCAUCGUCGGCCGUCGGUAGCGCGGCCCUCCACGAGUCCACGGGUGCUGCGGCUAGGAUCGUUGGAGGAAGCCGAGCAGGUCUCGGGGAAGUAUUUCGAUAGUAUGGACUUUCAAUAUCCGUUUCUCUCUCGAACGGAGUUCAUGGGGCAUCUUCGGUAUAUCUAUGCCGGGGGUGUUCCGACCCCCGAGGUGCAUAACAUGUACCACAUCGUGGUCGCGAUCGCCCUUCUCAUGGGAUCAGCGGAUCCCAAUAAAGCGGCCGACUUCUACCACGCUAGCCAAGAAACAAUGUCGGCGGCACUGCAAAAUGAGGACCUGCCAGCCGUGCGCGCACUGCUGUGCUUGGCUUUGUACACCAUGUUUGCGACCUCUGGUCCGAGUAUCUGGCAUGUCCUGGGUUCAACCUUGCGGCUCGCAGUCAGCAUGGGCCUUCACAAACCGAAGAUUUAUUCAAGUCCGACCGAGGAGGAAAUGGCCAAGCGGGCAUUUUGGAGUCUCUAUAAUCUGGAUCGCUUAAUCUCAAGUACAUUGGGACGGCCUCUAGGAAUUGCAGAUGAGGAUAUCAGCGUAGACCUGCCUCGAGAAAUCAACGAAGAUGGCACUGAAGCGCCUGGUGCAAGCGCCAUGACGAUUCCUUUGCAGGUAAUGCGACUGCGUCGAAUCUUCUCGCGCAUCUAUCGAUACUUGUACAGCAAUCUGCCCCGGCCAUCGCCACAAGAAGUGGCAGUCACCCUCAGCCAGUUUCGUCGCGAGCUGGAUGAAUGGCGGAUGAACGCCCCGGUAAUACCGGGGGCCAUCCUCUAUUCCACCUCUUAUUUCGAUUAUCUAUAUUACACAACGAUCCUCCUCAUGUAUCGCCCUAGUGAGCGCAAUCCGACCCCCGAUACAACCAGCAUCAUCAGCUGUGGUGAUUCAAGUAUACAAGUGAUUCGAUCCUAUUGGGACAACUACUCGGUGGGCAAGUUGAAGUGGAUUUGGUUGACGUUAAGUCAACUUUACUUUGCUGGAAUCACAAUCCUAUGGUGUUUGGAGCAAAACGCGCGCGCCUGGCGUGAACAUCUCACGCCACCAUGGCAGCCAGACGAGGAAAUGAUGCGUCGAGCAAUCCAGGCUGUCGUGGUACUUCUGGAAGAGUUUGGUAAACGGCGACCAGGCGUGGAUCGUUUAGCCGAGACAUUCCGUCACCAGAGCACAAUGAUCUUCAGCCAAAUGGCGUACCACCAGCAGCAAUUGAAACUCCAACCGCAGCAGCUCCCACAGCAUCCACACCUACAUCAGCACCAGCAGCACCAGCAGCUCCAGCAACAGCAGGCACAGUUGCAGAUGCAGCAGCCUCUGAUGCCCCCUCAGCCGUUUUCAAUGCCGACCAUGGGCACACCCCAGGCAUCGACCGUCCCGUUAGCGCCCGUGCUUGACGAUGUCUUGCUGGUAGAUUCAAACGCAACUAUGCCCAUGAUCGAUCCCCAAAUGGCGGAGCAACUCUUUUACUCAUAUAACUGGUUCCAGGAGGAGAUGGCCAGUUAUUAUACCCUUUGA